AUGAUCAGCGAUUGGCCCUUUUCGCAGAUCCCCAAUUUAAAGAGGAUGGGCGACAGAUCUCGUCACAACUCCAUAACUAAGUUUUGUAGACCGCAAAACUCAAAACUGAAGAUGGGUGCUCAAGAUCCAUUAGACACGGCCACAGACAGUCAGGAAGAUUCUCAGACAGAGUUUGACAUUCCCCUUUGGUUGAGCUUCGUUGUUCUGAUUUCUACGAGUUCAUCAUUUUUCUUCUCACUGGUCUCCAACUCUAACCCGUUCUUGACAAGCAACACUGGGUAUGCGCACGGAGGUGAUAUGUACUCACAUCAAGUCGAAGCACUUUACUUGAAAGAACUUCUUCAAGGUGGAACAAUCGAUCUUUGGUUCGAUGAAUUAACAUUGGGCUACCCUUUCUGUCUUGCCUAUCACCCACUUCCAUGUCUGCUUAAUGCCAGUCUCAUGAUCUUAGGAGAAUCGUAAGUAAAACUCUGUUUUAAUUCAAUCCGUCAAGUAGACAGUUUCAUGUGGCGACUGGGUUAAGAGGGAAAAAAAAUCGUUGAAAAAGAAAAAACAGAUUAUACAUUAAAAUAAGUUUGCAAGUUUGCAAGUUUCAAAGGGUGACAAAACAGUUUUAUUGUCAAAAAAUUUGUCUUUCCUUAAAGUUUUUGUGCGCAGGAGAUUUCGUCCAUUUUAUAAAUUAAAUAAAUUCUUAUUCAGUGUUACGUAACUAAUCUUUAACUUCAAUUAAGUUGUUUCCUUGACCGAUAACACAUUACUUGGACUUUCUCCUGUCGUCUGAAUAAAAAGGCCCAGAAUAUUUAAAGUCAAUUAUUAAACCUCAAAGUAAAAGAAAUAACUGAAGUUUAUUGUUCCCAGGAAUGGCAAUAGUGGAACCUUCUUUUGUCCUCUGAAAUGGGGAGAGUUGUUCAAGUUCACUUGUUAAAAAUCCUGAUAGUCACAUUUAUUUUGCUUUGAAAAACACAGGGAUGUUUUUCUUCAAAUUUUACUUGGGAAAUCUUCCUGUUUGGUUCAAUUCCUUUGAAACAGUUAUCACUUAAUCUGUGCAGUGGCAAUGCCAUGCACGUAGGAAGAUUUUCAGUCAGUUAAAAAGCCUGGUAAGGAUAAUCUUUGAGAGAAGAAUUCAACAGGGUGGUAAAAUGUAUUGCACCUUGGAUAGAAAGGACAUUUGUUUAGCUUAUGAGAAAGUGAAAAUAGUUCCGUGACAAACAACUUUGCUCUGGGGACGCAAAGCUGUUAUUGUUUCCAAAGUUAACAGUUUCUUUUGUUGAUUGACUGGAGGAGUUCAUCUCAGCUUACAAUUGUGUUUGAAGAUUAAAGAAAACUAGUCAAACAUACUAGUUGUGAAAUAAUGCCACGAUAGCCUGAAAUAAUCAUAUACUGGGGUAUAUGGGUCGAAGGAAUUAAACCAUUCUGAUGAUCGCAAUUGUCUUCAUCGUCAGAUUUUGGUCCCUUUUAAUGUUGGUCAGUUUCUGUUAUCAGGUGGUCUAAAUUGUUUGUCAUGAUUUUUGACUUUGUAAAAUACUAAUGUCAGCUGCGCUUUUAUGUGAGGUUUUCCUGUAUUCAAAGCAGGUUGAAACAAAAGAAAAUGUAGGAAAAUCAACUUGUGCAAAUUGGGUAAAAUGUUACCUCAGUGGGUUACAUUGCUAGUUGACUUGUGCAGAGUGAUCCCAGAAUCAAGUUUUUAUGUUAUCAUAAAUACUUUGUCUACUAAACAAGUGAAGCAAACUUUGGGCAACUCACCCAGUAUAGUCCAAUGGAAGUCAAUUCCAAGUGGUCCCUAAUUGCUCGUCCUAAUCUAUAACAGGAGCUUGAUAAUUCCCGUGACACUUGACUGUAAAUGUAAGCUGUGUACUGCUGAUACUAGUCAAACCAUGGUCGCAUCCAUGAAGUCCAAACAUGUGCACUGCAUUAAAUCUGUUUAAAAGCUAAUGAUUUCCACCUUUCUUGGCGUUACCUAUUAUUUUCUAGUGAACAUGAACUACAUAGUGGGGUUUUAAACUACCAUACACUUACAAUUUAGAAUAUACCAGAAAGAACAUAGAUUUUCGCUUUCUAGUUUGACGAUGAAUCUUGUCGGCAUUAAAUCACGGUGAACGUUGAUAUUGCGUUUAAUCUGUAGUCUCUUUUGGACAGAGUGGUCAAGCUAACCGACAAGGUGAUUGUUUGAAACCAUAUAAUGCUUUGCUUUUUAUUUUUAAAAGUUAACCUUAGCUUAAAAUCACCUGAAACAGCGCUUAAUGGUUUCUUAAGUCUUCCCACCUGCAUGGGCCUCCAUCUUUGACCAUCUUUAGUUUUUCCGGAUUCAAUAUGGACAGAUACGUGGUACAUCAAUUAAAAGAACAAAGGUUCAUUUUUAAUGUGCAUCUCAACUAGAACUUUGAACUAAUGCGUGUGAAAGAAUUUAAUGACAGACCCAAUUAGCACUUUCAUUUUAAAACUAUUAAAGCAAUUCAAGAGAAACUCAAAUUGGAGUCCUUUUCUCGUGUCGAGGGAAACGCACUUGAUUUUUUUACUUGCAUAUUGCAGCAUAACGUCCACGCGAAGCAGUGCUUGAAUAUGUACGUGUAAGGUCAACAGCGGCUCAAAACUAAACUUCCUAAUAUAACAGUCGCUUAUUUUCAACCUGGAUCUCAAGUGAAAUUUUAGGGGCAUUCAAUUUAAAUGUGUGUGAAAACCUGAAAAAAAAAAAAUACCUAGAAACUACAUAAUGAGUACAAUGAAAUGAUGAUACCGUAACUGUUUUUCUGUGAAAUACACGAGUAACAUAAACCUACAAAUUGCUUACAGAAAAACAUGUACACGAGAUUUGAAAUUUGUAGUAAUUAAUUACCGUCAUAUAAGAAAUCUUUAACCCUUUUUUAUACUAUAAACUGCGUUACAUUCGUACAAUUAAGGCAUGUAGAUUUUUCCAAUUAGCAAUAUCUAAACCAAAAAGUGCUUUUGAGAAUUAACGUCGGUUCGAAAGUCGAGCUUUCAAUGCUUGUAACGAUGGCUCUGUGUAAUCUUCAAGGUUUGCAGCAAAGUCACUUUUGAUAAAUUUAAAUAGUUGUAGCAAAACCGAGGUAAUCUGUACGUAGAUAUGAAGUUGGAAAAUUAAGAGUUUUGUGCCGAUUCUCAAAUGAGGUAUCAUUCCCCUCGAUCAGUCUAGAUGUAUUACGUUGGACAUGAUCGAGUUUGUCGGAAAGAUGCUUGUUGCGGGUUCCAAACAGGACAAGUGUAGUCUGGUAAUUUAUUAUGGACGCACCAGAAAUUUGUACUCGUGUACCAAGAGCUUUUAUAGGAACACUUUCCAUGCAAGCGUGCGCGUAGUUGUGCCCAUUAAUUGAUCUGUUUCACCUGGCGACGAUUGAUUAAACAUGGGAUCUCCAUAAAAGAUCAUCAGAGACUCGAAGAACUCCAAGAUGUUUGUGUGGUAUAGGCACUGUCAUUUACCAUACACUAGUAUUUGUCGGCCGGUGUUAGUUCUUAAGAACCAUGUGCAACACUAAUCUGCUAUUUGUCGGAGGCUUUCUUGAACAGUAUCAGGUAUUGUGGAGGAAGGAGCACUACAGACUACUUGAGUAUGGUAAGCACAGAUUUCAGCAGGACUUGAUAGGCGGUUAAUAUCUAUACAGCAUAACUAAAAGCGUGCUUAGUAUGCUUCGUUGUGGAACUCCAGACAAGACUGUUGCCCUGCAGACGGAUAGAAAUCCUUCGAUUACAAGACGUUGAAGAUGACCAUUACCCAGGUUGACCGAGGUUAUAAGUCAACAGCGAUUGAGUAAAACCGGUUUUAUCAACUAUUUUUAACUUUAGAAUGACGUGGUUGUGUGAACUGAAUCGAUCGAAAGCUUGGUCGAAGUAAAUCGAACAAAUACGACAUAAGCAGUUUGUCUGUCGACCAGAGCUCUUAUCUCACAAGUGCAAAAGAUUGGUUUGUUGCGAUGUGCAGGAGUAGCCAGGACGCCAAGGCAGUGUGACUGUUAAAAGGAUGAGUUGAGUACUAUAAACGCGGAAGUUUAUUGUUGUACAAAUUUACUUGGGAUUUUACCAAAAGACCUGUCAGAGAGCAGUUUAGAGAAAUGGCCAUGGAGCAGAUUGAAGUGGAUAAAAAUUUUGCCAUAGAUAUAUAAAUUAUUGCAGUUGUUUCGUGUGGAGAUAUAUGGUGUGAUAUGCCACGGGACUAUGAGCUCCCAGUCCACAAAUGUUUAAACCACUGAGCAAUUCAUCUACACCUUUAGAACGAACCAGGACUAGAGGUAACUUGAUGUCUGUAAGGUUGGAGGCCAUUUUAAUGAAACUUUGUUAUGAACUUGUUUAAUAGCUGAGCCUUGUCGAAGCCAUAGUUAGCUUUUCGGCGCUGUUGAGCGACUAGCCCGCCUACAGACGUUUCUUAUUUCCUUUGUGUGUUGUUGAAUGUGUCAUUGACCGAGCGUGUUUUUUCCAAUAGCUUUUCGUGAGCUCGUAUUUUUCUUUGUUUCUAACCAACUUGAACUCGCGAGUUUACAGUCGCCUAUGCUUGUUAGUUGGCAGAUUUGAAACUCUUAAUCGAAUUUCCACUGAGCUGUCAAGGGAGCGUAAAUAUCAAUGCGUUGGAAGCAAAACUACACGUAAAUUAGCAUCUAUUUGUUGCUUGCGUGGUAGUAAGAUGCUCUGUUUGUUAUAUUUUGGUAGCUCAACGGCUUAAUUGUGAAAUAUUUUGCAUAAAUUAGGAUAUUGAUACAAUAUACUGAGAGGAAAAACACACUAACAUGUUGUAAAAGGACAAAAAUUAAAAUCUGCGGUGGCUAACUGACUUUCAGUUGCGAAUGUCUAUAUAUAUCGCUGUUCUUUAGUUUGUCUUGCUUUCAGGGACUUUGAAUUUACGCCUAGUCCAGUAGGUUUUAGCGGAACAUUCGUUUCGUUUAGGCAGUAAGUGGUGCGUUUGUUACUUGAAAAAUAUUGUGUUUGAUGAUAGACCUCAGUCUGACAUUUGAAAACCAACCUUGUUUCUUGAUUUUUUUGUAUUAUUAUAGUUGUUGUACAGCAAUUAGUAGAUAAGGAAUACUGCCGAAGGUUGUAAUCAGACAAAAAAGGGGUAAAAAUUUCAAUCCCCCAACCUAAAUAGAACCUGUAAUCUUGUAGAUGUUUGACUUGGUGAAAUCAUAAUAUUCCACCUGGUAAAUAAGGAAGGUCACAAGUUUUAUUCCCGCUCCUAACCCGGGUUUUCCUUUUUUUCUUUAAAGAUCUUGACAUUGACCGUUCUCUUCUUGAUUUAUUGAGGCUAAAACAGACUUGCAUCUGGACGAGGGUAAAAAGAGUGUUAGCUCCAGGGUCGCAUCCCUGAAGAGCAAAAACGUGCGUGCUAUUAAAACUGUUUAACAGCUAGCUUAUGGUUUCCUCCUUUCUUGCGUUAACCAUUAUUUUCUGGUAAACUUCAACUACGUAGAUUCUUGCAGUGCUCCAAACUCAACCUUUACAAAGUCCCCUUUAAACGACCUGAAAUUAUACACUAGUCGUCAGAAUGCAAUAUUACACGAAGGUUCUGAAAUAUUUGAAAUGGCUGCCUUGCCAUCGCGAUGGAAUUUGGGGUUGCACACGACAUCUCAAAGCAGGCUUCAUAUCUUGACAACCAGGGUGAAAGAGGCGAAUUAUGGAGAAAACAGACAGUAAAUAAUAUUUCGUGCAAAUUUUUAGUUUACUUUAACUCAGUUUAGAAAGACCAUAAACACUAACUAUAAUUCACUACCGCCUUGACACAUGACCGCCGAGCACAGGUCGCUAAAUCGGCGACUUUCACUGUAAUCUUAGUUAAUAAAUUACAAUAUUACAAUUUAGGAUAUACGGAAAAGGACAUUGAAUUUCGCGUUUAAGUUUGAAGAUGAAUUUUCUGUCUCGGAAAUAGAUAUGAACGUUAAUACUGCGUAUAAUCUGUACGUCUCCUUAGUGAGAAUGAGUGGUCUGCAAACUAAACGUCAAUUUGACUAUUUUGAAACUAAAUAAUAAUUUGUUGUUUUAAAAAUGUUAAUCUCAGCUUAAAAUCACUUGAAAUAGCGCUUAAUGGUUUUCUGAACUGCAAUCUUAACAAACUGCAUGGGCCUCCAUUUUUUACCAUAUUUACUUUUUCCCGAUUUAAUAUGGACUGAGACGCGUGGUACUAAUAUAGCAGAAAAAACGCUCAGUGUUAAUCUGAUCUCGACUAGAACUUUGAACUAAUGCGUGUGAAAGAAUUUAAUGACCGUAGAAGUAGUUUAAGAAUCAAAGCAAAUCUAGAGAGACUCCAAACGGAAGCCCUUUUCCUGUGUCGUUAGAAACCCCCUUUUAUUUCUUACUUGACUUACUUAAAUUUCUGUGUAAAAUAAGUACGUGCGUCUAAGGUCAACAGUGGCUUAAAAUUGAAAUUCUUGGUACGGUAUUUAACAUAACAAUCGCUUAUGUUCAAGCUGGAUCUCAACUGAAAAUCAGAAGCUUUGAUCUUAAAUACGUGUGAAAGCGUUUAAUAAACUACAAAACACUUUUAUUGUAAGCUUAUCAAUUAAAGGAAAUCAAUAGAAACUUAUCAGAAACCCCUCUUUAAGAUCGGGUGUGUCGAGACUGAGAAACCGCCUUGUUUCUCUUCUAAAUUGCAGUGUAACAUCUACGCGAAGGAAUGUACGAAAUAUGUGCACGUGAGGUCAUCUGCGGCUUACAAUUGGAAUUCUUUGAUAUGUAACUGCUUCCGUUUUGGUUUUCGCGCCUAAAACUAGCGAUUUCGGUGGUAACGUUCGUGCAACAUGCCACGUUGCAAAACUGUGAAAAAUCUUAACCUCCGUUUUAGGACAUAUCCUGCCGUCUAAUUGUUACGAAAAGUAGAACUCAGGAUUUCUACUUAAUGCACUGUUUUUUGUCCUAAUAUUUUUUUGGAUAACGAGCUACACUUUUUCUUCUAGCUUGAGGAACUUAUCCUAGAACUUAUCCUUGCCACAGAUAUCAGAUCUCCAAUUAGUUUAUCUUUUUUGAAAGGACAGAUGUCCGGCUAAGUCACCAUUUUGGUCAGAAGAAACAAAAUGUGUCGAACUCAAUCAACGGAUUACGCGUCUUUAACUAAAACUGUGAAUGAAAGCCUUGAGUAGAUUAUUUUAUUGAUCCGCAAAAUAGAGAAGAGAAGUGAUGACGUCACAAAAACUAAAUUUUAGAACGGAAUUAUGGGAUAGGUCGGCAUAUCCAGAAAGAACAAGAUGAGAAAUGUUCACUUGCCAAAAAUCAACCUAUGCUCCAAUGACUGCAUAUAAAUCCUUCUAAAAUAGGCCUGGAUCGUAAACUUUUCGAUCCAAGCCAAUUUUAGAAGGAUUUGUAUGAAGUCAACAGAGCAUAAAGGUGCUUAUAUCUCCCCGCCAAUUUGCACAAGAAGGUUGAUUUUUGGCAAGGGUUUUUGUUUUCAUCUUGUUCUUUCUAAAUAUGCUAUCCAAUCUCAUAAUUUCACAAAUUUGAAUUUUUGUGACGUCACACUUCCCUUCUCUAUGGUAGUCUUUGAUAUUUGAGGCAUGGGCCAGUUUUAGUUAGAUAUUGUCCGAUGACGGACACCGACUUUUAUUUGUAGCCCUGUGUACAGUUGUAAGAGGAAAGCACUAAAAGAUAAAUCCUCCCCAAGGAAACUACAUUAUGGAACAUGUAUGCAAAUCAAAAUGGGAGAGGGGACCUUGUGGUCGCGUGAAGGACUUAUUUUGGGAGGUCACAAACAGAUAUCCUUUAAUAGUUUUUAACUCGAGACUUGAAAACGGCAGGGCAAGCCUUCCUCUUAGAUGCAGCUCCGAAACGUCUUUUAAGAGUUAGAACACCCUCAAAAUGUGAAACCUAGAGCAAAUUUAUAAGGCGGAAUUGAGUUACAUUAAUCGCGAAAAAGUGGCAAGUGUGAGAUAUUUGGCUAUGCUUUUGCGUGACUACCUUGUUCAUUUUCGCGCGAACGAUUUUCAAGCACACGAUAAAUGAGAUACUUGCUCCUCUUUCUGAAGGGCUUAUCUUUACUUUUUAAAGGUUUAUCUCGCCUUUGCUAAUGUUCCGUUGGAUGUUCGUUCUUCUUCUGUCAUCGAUGCCCUGGUCGUGGUUCAUUGGUCUGCGUAAAUUAAGGAUGACCCGUCUCGAGGCGACGUUAGCAGCCCUCUUUGUGCAUUCAAUUCACAGCUGGCGUAAGUUUGGUUUGGAGUUAGAAGCAUUUCACGAGUAUGGUCUGUUUACUCAAGCUUACGGAAUGGCCAUACUUCCUCUCGCAGGUAAUCUUUUAAUCUCUUUGAUCUUUCGGUGAGUAUUGAGGGUACAGUCAACUCUCUCCAAGGCGAACACCGACCGGCACAAAGUGGCCGUCUUACCCACCUAACCCUCUCUUAACCUAACGUUAAAACUCACGUCUAACUUUGGACAAAAGUUUGGAUUAGGGGAGGGGUAGAUGGGCGCAGAAUCCCACAAUCUCAUACUAAGACAGCACGGACCAACUCUAGGUGUCUGUUAAGAGAGAGUUGACAGUAGUAGGCCCUCCCUUCCCCCAAAUCAAGAAAAUAAAAAAUGGCGCUUCUCGGCCUUCGCACUGAUCGUCAUCCUUCUCGCCGCUGUUGCACAUUAGACUGGUGCGCAAAUUGAGAACACCCCUCUUCCAAAAAUCAAGGGUGGGAACAUGGCUUUUUUGCCUUCGUGCGGCUUCUUCCUACUUGCCGAUUGUGCACGCUAGAACCGUGCGCAAAGUUAGAUCUUCCCUUAAAAUAUGUUGUCAUGUUGUGUUCUGUAGACGACUAGACUACGCUGUCAAGUAACAACUGUAUUAUGCGCUGCAUGUACCCCACCUUAACUGUUAAGGGCGAGAAAAAAGCGCGGCGAGAAAACGAGCUAGUUUGAGCUUUUAAUUGUGAAUGGUUGAGGAAGUGGCGCGAAAUAUUUUAGCCAAUAAUAACGCUUAGGAUCUAUCCAAUCACAAGACGUAGAAAAAAGGAUAAACGUAUUGUAUUAUAGAGCUAAUUACUGAUUUAAAAGUGUGCAAAUAGUAGGUAACGGCUUGCUGUAGUUCUCUUUUGAUUGCUUGGCUGAGUUACAGGUUUUUACCUUGUUUCUUUACUACUUACAAAAAGUUUCCGGAAAAUCCGGUUAGAAAGUAAAUGGAACAUGACUGUUCGGGACGUUUCGUUGUAAAACUUCCGGGAGCAACGGAACGUCUGAAAUGGUAGUCCUGUUUUCCCGGUCGGAAUGUUCCAAACGGAAAUUCGUGUUCCGUUUCUUCAAAGCCCGUCUUUGAUACCAGUUUCAGCCUUUCGCGGCCGUUUUUCGGUAAAUGUAACUGAUUAGUGCAAAUGGCGAACACAAUUCGGGGACAAAAUAUACCAGUCUUGAAUUUUGAUCAACAUUUGCCCAAACCGUGAACCGACCGUCACGCAGUUUGCCCAUGUAAAUGGUAAACAACCAUUGAGUAUCGUUGCAAAACACAGAGUAAACAGAGGAAAUAUAUAAAUAUCGCAGGCCACCUUCCUAUUUGCAGCUUUAAAACGCUCCAAGUCUUGAAAAUGUGAGACUUAGCAAAAGUCUUUUGGGCAAAUGUGAGGUAUUUGGCUUAAGUUUUGGAAGACCCAUGUUUGAAAAGGUAAGGAGAGCACCUUAUCCGAGAUGGGGGUUCUAAUUCCUACAGAAGUAGUGGGGGGAAGUUGAUAAAAUAUCAAGCAAAUUUAUCUUGUGUGAUCAUGUCCGUAAUUCUCAUGACAGUCUGUUUUACAAAGCAUUGAUAUUACGAGGAGAAAUUUUAUGCUGAUCACUCCUAGGGCUUAAAGGGUUAAAUUGGGUAUCGUGGAGUAUUAUGAGUAGUAAACAAAGGAAAUAAAUAUACUUAACUUGUAACCAUUGGUAUAUUUAUUGGGUGUCUUUCGUCUUCCCGCAUCUGAUAUGUGCAUUUACAUCCUUAUAUGCAGCAGGUUUUUUCCCAUGGCUCGGCGCAGUUGUCUCGGUACUGUUUUUCCCUGGAAAACAUUAAUUCUUAACAUUAUUUUCCUACUGUUUGUUUCUCUUUAGUUGGAUUUUUAUAUCAAUAUGUACUCUACAACAGUGGUUCAAGAAACGGUACAAUCCUUCUCAUCGUCUUCAACUUCACCGCGAAUGCAUUCUUUGGUAUCUACCUUGGCAUUGUUACUGGAGUUACUCUGCUAAUAGACAUGCUUUCAAACACUAAACCACUUAGAGGAAGGCUCUUCUCGCCUUCAAUCUGGCGAGCUUUUUACGUGCAUUUUCUAAGCGUCGCAUUGCUCUCUUGGUGGGUAAUUCCGUUACUUAAUAACUUUGACUACAUGGGCGGGCUUCCGUGGAAGAGUGAAAACGAGCAUGGCCACAGUUUUGAGUUUGUCCUCAGAAGUCUUUUGUCGGGCGAUUUGUUUGACCACGAAAGGAAAAUUCCAUUCAUCACAUUGGGAUUUUUUGCUGGGCUUGGCUGUGUUUGUUCCACGCAACUUAAAGACAUUGGUCACCUCACAAAACGGCAAACACUUUUGAUUUGGCUUGUGUUAUUAUUUUCUGUCACCUUCUUUUUGUUUCUUGGCAGAACAUUUUCUGGGCCGUUAUACAACUUGAUUCCUUUUCACAAAGAGCUCGAAGUUUUUCGCUACAUAAUUGGACUCCAAUUUUGCGGAUUAUUGCUCAUGGCCGUGACAUUAGCUCGCAUUCUUUACUUUCUUUGCGUGUCUUUGUGCAGAAUGUCAAAGGCAUAUUUUCAAAGCAAAAAUGUCUUGAUUGUUCUUAUGUUAGUAUUUCCGCCUAUUUAUCUCAGUUCUCAGCUUCAAUAUAUCAAUGCACGUUUCUCCGUGAUUGAGAUAGAAGGGUUCUCUGACGGACUGGAGAAACUGAAGGCUUACCCGAAAAACGGACGCUUGCUUGGAUCGAAAUUUUUAGGUGAGUUCACUUUCUUGGCAAGUUGUUUCGCAAAGAGAAUCUCUUUUAAGAGGUUCCAAAAAACUGGACGCGUGAUACAUUUGCAGCUUCACGCGAAGGAAAGGCGCCGUGAAAUUCUAGUUAUGGAAAUGGCACCUUAAUGCGCGGCCUCGACUUGGGUGCAAUUUGUCUUCACCACUCUCAUAUUCCUUCUGGACGUUAAUUUUUUUUCUACUGAAACAUAUUUUAAUAGGCGAAGUUCGCUUUUAGUGACAAAACUCAUCGAGAGGGCCCACGUCGAAAAUAUUAUUUAUUAAAAAAAUACAUUAAAUAGUGGUUGUCAAAAAGGGCAGUAAAAAAAGAAGAUAAAAGGAAUGCAAACGGGUGUAACGCACGUUUUUCUGUGAAAUCUUAUCGAUUCAGAUAUAAAAGACUGGACAUGAAGAGAUAAAAUGAUUGUCAAUAAGAGAUACUUCAUCAGUGACAUCUAUCCCGACUUACCAACGUUUCACGACUGAAUAAAACAGCCUGCAGUCUACAGAAUCAGGGUAUAUUGGCAUUUUACUACUGCUAGAGUGAUUGUUUGAAAACAAAUCGGCGUCAAUAUUUCUCUUUUUUACCUAUGCUUAUUUACUGUGUACACAGAGGGUCAACUUAACUUAUCACAGCUAAAGACAAAUGUAUGUAGCCACGGCGAGGUGUGCGAAAAAAUGUGCAUGUAUAUAAGUCACAUGCGGUAAAAUAGUGACUGGUGCCACUGGCAUCCAAAGCGCAAAGCGGCAAGUAGGAAAGGGUAGCACUUCGCCCAGUAGCCAGUCAGCGUUAAGUAUUUGCAACUCGAGACCGAUUACAUUCAAUCAGCGCUUAAGAACAUUUUAGUACCGUCAGUGACUUAUACUACAUUAAUUACUCUGGCGUCACCGACAUUUUCUCGCACACUCAUUGGGCAAAAUCUUUCACGUGCUCCAAAUACUCAAUGCUGAUUGGCUACUGGGCGAAGUGGCCCCUUUUCUUCUCAGGCAGACAAGAGCCACCUUCACGCCAGGAAGUUUUCCAAGACAAACGAGACUUGUUCGUGUAAAUUUAAAAGCUUCAAAAUGGGGUUAAACGCUUUACUCUCUUUGUUUGUUUGUUCUUUACAGGGUUAAGUGGCGCUUGGGACUUGUCUCUUAUACCCCACCUCAGCAAAAAGCCUGGUAAAGUCGAAGAAUUGUUAUUUCUUUUACAGUAAUGUGUGUAAACGCAUUUAUCGUCCGAUCGUGAAUUUUUUGUUUGUUGUAGCUUGAAUUUGAUAAGUCUUUGAAUAAAGGCUGCUGAAGAUUUCUCUCUUUAGCUGAUCAUUACUGCGGCUGUACAAGGUGUUUCUAACUUAUCAUUCAGCGAAUAAAUUUCUGAACGGUCUAGGCGAAUCUUUGCAGACGUCAUUGUUUACAUUUUUGCUCAUUAACAUACGUAUUAACCCAUAGAAAGCGUGACCGUAUGCACAGAUUUAAUUCAAAAGUUGAAAGAGUUAAUUUGAGCAGUUUCUGCAAUUUUCAACCUUUUGCAAGCAAUAACAAAGGAAGUAACAGCAAUCGAAAACUGCGAAAUUGCCGGGUGGCAAAAACGUUAAUGAGCCCAUACAUUGUUUUUAUUUUCGAGGUUUUCAAAGAUAAGUUCUCCAAGAGUUCUUUCAAUAUUCAGAGAGUUUGUUUUAAUAGCUUGAUCAGAGAAUGAAGGGCAUGAUAUGUUAAUAAGUCAAAAAACAAAGAUUCGCCUAUAACAAUGUAUAACCGCAGUUCAAAAAAAAAAUUAUUUUAUAUAUUUCACAUCAAUGUAUAAUGAGGCUCUUUAACUGUGAGUCUUUGGUUGAAAACCUGUAGUCUGAGAGCUGUUUUUUCAAGCAUUUUAUUACACAAGGUGAUUUUAUUUUUUAUUCUGGAGUUGAAAUCUUGCAAAUCAAAACUACGCAGUAGCAAUUCGAUGCAUAUUAGUGAUGAUGGUUAUUCCCUUCUCAACAAAACAAACUUCUGAUGACAAAACACGCUACGCUACGCUACACAUCCGGAGCUUAAACUCAGCUUGUUAUAUGGCUAGUUACGCCAGCUGGCAACAUGAAGCGAAUUCUGCCUCCUGAUUGGUUAUCCGAACGGGAACGAUGAGCCUAUCUUGCCCACACGGGAUCUUCCACUUCAAAUGCGCAGGAAAAACGUACUCCUGGGCAUAAAAUAUAUCCAUAUCCAUAUAAUAUAUCUUAUAUGUUCGGAACUAUGGGGAACUAUGUUCGUCUCGAUAGUUUGGGUUCGGUCGAAAGUUCGAGGACAUUCAGCAGCAGGGGGAGUUUUUUCUUACACUGAAAUUUUCAGGAGCAGUAAACGAAAUAUCUUGAUAAAAUGUCAAAAACACAACCUCCGAAAAUCGUAGGUAAGUUACUAUAAAUUAAAAAGCUCCGAAAAAAUUAGAAGAGCGGAACUGUUAUCCAGACUUUAUUAGGCAGCCUUUCUCGAUCUUUAAUAAUUUCUCGGCAAUAUUUGCUCCUUGGAACGGUUAUUUUAUAGAAAAAAUUCAUUGGGUGCCCCUGACUCAUAUUUGUGGCAUAAACUUUCUUUUUUUUUUCAAAGUCAAUUGUCGUAUUGCACGUCUAUGCAACGCCCGCAAUGUACACAGUUGUUAAAAGUACGGCCAUUUUAGGAAUUGAACUCCUCAGGAGACCUUCAGAGACUCGUAACAACUGUGCCCAAUGUAUUUUUGGCAUAGUAGAAAGCCUAGUUUACCUAUUUCAUAGGCAGAUUUAGGGGUGGUGACCCGAAGGGGGUCGCGGCCGCCAUUUUCUUUAGAAUUUUGUAUUAUUUUUUUAAAAAUAUUCUCAGGAAAAUAAAUAUUACCUACAUACAUGUAGCUGGCAAUUGUUCCGACCCACCCUCUCUUUUUGGGUGUAUAACCCUGCAUCUUGUCAGUGUCUUGUCAGGCUUCACAUUCGUUCGUGUGGAUUUACAUCUAAAGGUACCGAAGGGAAAAAGGCAUUUUAGUCCAGCAUAUUUAAGAGCAUAUUAAACUCCUCCAGUUUAGCAUAAUUUUGGGCGUAUCAGUACCUUCGUCAGUGAUCCCGAAAAACAUAAUAAUCGAGUUUUCGAUCAUAAGCCGUAAGACCCCUUCGUUGAGUUUUGAUAUUUCAAUCAGUUUUAACCGCGAAAUUUCUUGUGACUCUCGAUAUCUAGGUCCAACUUAAUUCCCAGAAUCUAAAGUCUGUCCAAAUAUAUUUCCGGGACGUUUUUCUUUAUUGUCUCGUACUGAAUUUCUGGGUGUAGGCACUAACUACGAUGAGUAUUUGGGGAUAUUAUCGAUUCAUUAAGCCUUUCACUUCCAAUAUUCUCCCAGAAUGAAUGAUGGCGUCCUGCAAUGUGGUUUUAAGUUUUGAGUCUGUAGACAAAAUUGAAUGGUGUGACCAUUCCCUGAAACCUCUUCAGCCAUAGUUCUAUUUGUUUUUCAUCACUUUACAAAAACGAAAUUUUGACUAAAACAGUCGUUCUUUAAAACUCUCUUGCUACCAACCGACAGUUGUCUAUUGCCAUUUGUUUUUAGGGGUUGUGACCUAUUCAAGAGGCUAUCACGAUACCUUGUCUCUGUACUACCUGGAAGAGAUGAAUCCAUCCCUGGACUCCACACCCUGGCUCCCAGAUCUCUUGCGUCUUUACAACAUCCGCUUCGUCGCUACGUCUGGGAUCGAAGUUCCUGGACAUUUCUUGCGUUACUGUGAGCUGAGGUACCUGGCCACGAUAGGUGCGAUGGAGGUCUUCGUAAGAGAGCCCCAAGAGGAUUAUGGAUAUUUUGACUUUACAUAUGUUCUGGGCGUUGUUUCAGGAGACCUGAAAGGCAUGCGAUGGGCUGUAUUAAAAACCACUCAGCUCUUUACCAAUAGGAUACUAUUUGCCAUAAAUCCAUCUUCGGAACUUGCGCACAAGGCUUUGUUCAAAAUUGUAAUUUCAAAUCACAACGCAAACGCUAGUGUCAUUCACAGGUUAACAUCCUUUGAACAGUUUGAAACAACAUGGUAUGUUAAUGGCAGAAAGGCUUCCGAAGAAAGAUUCUUUGCAGAUGUGAAAUUCGGUCGCAAUCCACCACUGCUAAUGUCAAGAGUUCUUUCCGAGAAAGCGGAGCGAAAUUUGUACUCUGCUCAAGUUGAAGUGGUCGAGGAGACUUGGAACCAAGUAUGCCAUCAUUUUUUAUCCUCCAUUAUGUAAUGCUUUUGGCCAGGGGGUGGGAGUGGGGUAGGAAUUUUUUGUCCUCCUUCAAGCCAGUGUAACCAUCGUUAUGAAAACUAACCCUUAAAAACCCUUUUUCUGUACUGGUAAGUGUUUUUAGAAGGAAAUCCUCAGUCCAACCCAUAACCAUUUAAUAGACCAUUUUUGACAAAAGGUAUCCUUCUUGUUUACCUUCCUUUGGAAAAUGCUACCCUUUUCACACAAUCACAUUUCUACUAACAGGAAGUCUUCUUCUUAUCAUUUUCAUGAUAAUGAUUUUACAAGUUCUUUUAGAUACCUAAAUGACAAAUUCCCCUACCCCUUCAUAUACCUGAAUCCUUAAAAACGUACCCCUUUUUGGGCGAAGUCUCUCUAGUCCAGGCUAUAAUCAGGGCGUAUUAUAGAUGGUAUCUGCCUGGGUUUUAACGUUUCACUGUCUGGUUUAAAUCCAUUCAUCUCACUAUCCAUACAAAAGGUACUUAGCAAUCUCCUUUCUAUUCAGCACAAGGUUUCCUUAACUUUUCUUCUUUGGGAAAACUUUUGCGUGUAUGUUAGGAAUUUCAUUUGCCCCCAUAUGGUGAGUUCUAUUUAAACUAUGGGUACAAGGAAAACUUUUCACACUUUAUUCAGGUCCCGGUUGUUCAAAAGUUGGAUAGCGCUAUCCACCGGAUAAAUCGCUGUCCAGAGGAUAAGGAUACUACCAAUUGCGCUAUCUAUUGGAUAGUAAUUUAUCCAGUGAAUAGUACUAUCCACCUUUCGAACAACUGGCGCCUGGGCUUUAGAUGAUCGACCACUACAUGUAAGCCGAUGUCAAAUGUUAGGUAAUCAGUUUGGCGAGUAAGCGUAUGGCCACCUGCGUCUUAUCAAGCAAACACAACUAAAGAGUCAAAAUGGAAAAUGUUUCUGUGUCCGUGUUGUCUGAAGUAUUAAGCUUAGAUUAAUUGUCAUGCCCACAAAUUUGGAAUAUAGAGAAAGAGAAAGACGGAGAAAAACAGAAGGUAGGGCGACAGACUAGCGAAGCUCAACGAGGGAAAGAGCUGAGAGAGAAAAAGCAAAGGAAACAUUCUUUGUUGGAGGAACAACAAGAAAUUUUGUAGCGGCGGUGAGAGAAUGAGAAACGCUUGCUUCCACCAGGGUGAAAUGAGCGACGUGAGAAACAAACAAGAACACGUACAACAUUUCCUCCAUGUAACGGGAAACCAGGAAGUUUCUGAAAGUUUCACAUUGUAGUCGUGCAAAACAAUGGCAAAAAAAUGUACAAAAACGUGCGCUGCACGUGCAAAUUGUUUCCUUGCAAAUUAGACCUAUUGCUGUUUUUUUUCACCGUUUUCGUUCCCUUGUUUGAGCAAAAUAUAAAUAUUAUCGAGAGCUUCGCUUUUAGCCCUGGCUAAAUCUGUAUAACAAAAGUUAUCACAAAUUCAUUGAUAUAAGUCUAUUUAAAAAAUAUUAAAAGCCCUAGGCUUGGGUGAAAACUAUUCUAUACAAUGCUUAAAAAUAAUAAUAAAACUUGUCUACUUAAUUUUUCCAAUCACAUUUGCAAUUUUUGCCUCGCUAAAAUCUAUGAGGCUCAGCAAUGAAUAAUACAUUUCUUUUGUUUUAUUCCCUCAAGCGUCGUAGCCAAGUAUGAAUUGUAAUAUAUCGAAAUUGGUCCAUUUCAUCCAUGCUCGCCAUAUUUUGUUGUUGCUGUGUCAUUCAACCCUUUUCUCAAUAUAUUUAAACCUUCGCUCAACUUGGUGGCCAGUUCUCGAUGUCUGAAUUUGCCUAAAUUUCGUCACACAGCCUUUUAAAGUCUCAUUAAGUGCUUUCCAUUAACAGUAAAAAGUGAGAGUUCUCAGUCUUGAAAUGUUGUACUUCAAGCAAAACUCAACCUGACACGGUAACCACGUUGCUAACUUAAUCCUAUUUUGUUUUAGAACUUGUACAGAACCGAACACCUCCUCAUAAAAGUCACUUACCAUCCUUAUUGGAGAUGCUCCUUCCGUUCAACACCUGAUGACUCACGUGACCAGUCACGUGGAUGGCACCCUCUUACGAUACACCACGUGACGCCGAACCUGAUGAGCGUAGCGCUGCCUCCCGGAAAGCAUGAGGUCAUUUGCGAGUAUAAAAAUCCUUUUUAUCAGAAAGUCGGUUUGGGGUUCUUUAUUGUGUUUGUUCUUGCCAUGAUUACGAGGGAAAUAUGCACAUUUUUGAAAUCUGUAUAG